CCCCUCUAAUACUACAUGUCACGUGAUAUCUCACGUGCCCACUUCUGUGGAUGGGAAUCGCAAAUAAACGGCCAGGAUUUCUCCGCAUUAGUCUUUACUUUUGACCGGUUUGAAAAGAAAACCACCUUAAAUAGCGCAACCUUAAGCUCACUUUCUUUCCUUUUAACAGACCUAAGAAAUAAGACACACAUACAGUUUUCUUGUGUGUCUGCAGAGGCCAUGAGUGAAACCAUGUCCAGUCCUAGUGAUCAUUGGGGCCAAUUCUAUAAUCAUCACCAUCAGCAAAACCAAAUGGUGCCUCCUAACCGUACCAUGUUUGUCUCUGGAGGUGGCAGCGAUGGACUCUCCGAUGCCACCGUGGUUACUACCACAGUCACCUCCACUGCCGCCACCGCCACCCAGAACCCAUUUAUUUCGGGCAAUUCUAGCUCACCUCGAGCUGGAAAUUUGAGCCCUGAAGGCCGUGUAUCCAAGCCAGUGCGUAGAAGGUCUAGAGCAUCAAGGAGAACUCCUACAACGUUACUCAAUACAGAUACCACAAAUUUUAGAGCUAUGGUGCAGCAGUUCACUGGCGGACCUAGUGCUCCUUUUGGUUCAGGUUCACAGAUUAAUGCUCCAAAUUUUAGUUUCGCACUGAAUCCACGCCAAACCCAUGUUAACCCUAGUGGAGUUAUGGUUCCCGGAGGGUUUCAUCUCCAAUAUCAGCAGCAGCAGCAACAAUACCAGCAACCAAGCCAACCAUCUUAUAUGUUUUCAAUGGGCAAUAAUAACAGCAACACUCCCAGUCAUGGUGAUCAUGUAUUUUUCCAAAGACUUGGAAAUCCUAGGUCUGGUGCAGGGAUGGAGGUCUCAAAUGGUCCAUUGAUGGAUGGUGUUUCCUCAACGGUGGUGGCUGCUGCUCCUUCUCUUCCUCCGCCUUCUAGACCGCCUCCAUCUUCUUCCUCCAAUGAGAACAGAAGCAAUAGCUUCUUGUUUUGAGAGGGACAUAAGCAACAAAGUUAGGCACUGACUUGUCCUAAAGAGAGACAACCAUUGACCAAUUAUUGUAAAUAUCGUGCUACUUACACCUUCUUGGUAGCAAUUUCUUGUUUUAUUAGACUCUCUAAUGUGGCUAUGGCUAAGAUCCACAUGUUUCUUUCUUCUUUUUUUAAAUUUAAUAUAUAAUAUUUAUAAUUUUUUUC